AUGGAGAGAGCACCGUGUAGGUCAGCGUCGACAUCUCAUCUUGAUGCAAGUACACAACAUCCGUCAGCCGUCUCUGUUCCGAGCGAAACGGGAUGUGCGUUAUCACAUUCACCAUCUUCGACUCCUCAGGAGCCGCAGCUCCCUGCGCCUGCUCGCGGCGUUCACCAGACAAAGAAAGACGACGAGAGCGACACGGCCGUUUCUCCCGUGCCGUCGCCUCAGAUCUCGCCUGCGCUCCCUACCGUCCGUCGUCUGUCGGCUGUGUCGCAUGUGCCCGGCGGCCUGAAAACGUCGGAGACGGCGCUGUCGGUUUCCUGCUCUCCUCACCGAGUUUCCCAGUGCAGCGAAGGUCCGCCUUCGACUGGCGACAGUGGUGCGCGGUCAAUUUCUUCCACGUUUGAUGCCUGCUUUCCUCGUCUCUGUGUUUCUCGGGGCUGCAGCCAAGAUGGCGGACACUGGGGAGGCCAAGGCAGGUCUUGUUGUGAGUCGUUGCAGUCGGCUGAUGGAGCCCAAAGUCCCGUCAAGCCGCUUGGAGGUGGCGCCCGGGCUCCAGCUCCUGUCUCCUGUUGCGCCUCUACGGUCACGGGAGAGGAAGGCCAGCGCUUCUCGGAGCCUGGAGACGGGCGUUUUCCGUCGUCACCUCCUAACUCCCGUCGCGCCUCCGCCCUCGACCCUGUGAGCCGGCGCCCAGGAGACAGUGCAGACUCUGCAGCCAACCAGGUGGGUGGGGACCGUGACGCGGCAGGCGUCCCGCCCUACAUGCACAUCGACCCGUUUCCCCAGGUUGACAGAGAGAGCUUCGGCGACGAUUCGCCUGGUGCCGAAGUCGUUUUCGGUGCUUCGUCGCACCCAAACACCCCGUUUUCGCUGAUGAAGGAAGUUCUCGUCGCCAUCUACAUGCUCUACGCCUUCCUCACCGGCUGCGUCUACUUCGGGUGGCCCUCACUCGCGUACAUGCUGUACAAGUCGGGCGCGUACAGCUGGAUGUGCGAGGUGGACGAAAGCGGGAAUUAUGUCAACGACCUGCGAGGUACAAGUGAACCUGACGGCGAACAGAAGUACUACAUCUGCGACAGCCAAGAUGUCGCUGUGUCUCCACUCUUCACCGUUUCGUACGUGACCCAAACCCUGAUGAGUGUGGUGGCUGGGACGCUGCUCGACCACGUGAGUCCGAAGAAGACGGCGAUGCUGGGGCAGACGCUGACGGCGAUUGGCUGGCUCCUGCUCGCGUGCAGUUCGCAGCGCUUCCCAGCGUACGUCGCGAGCAUGGUGUUCAUCGGCCUCGGCACGGACACAGGGUAUCUGCCCACCCUGCUGAUUGCCACGCUGUUUCCGGGCAAGCGAGCGACGGUGAUCACGCUCUUGGGCACUGCAAAUACGUCGAGCUUCGCGGUGCCCCUGAUUCUCGCGACAGUCUGGAACAACCUUUUGCCUACCUGGACGUUCUCCCAAAUCUGCAUUCUAUACCUGUGCGUGGGACCGGUUUUCUGCUUCAUUCUCGCCGCUCUUUUCAUUCCUUCAAGGGCGUUCGGGAAGCCGGCGCCCGGCGCUGAGACUCCGGCAGCGACUUGGGGAGGUCCGCCGCCUCGCGACGCGGAAAAGAGGCUCCGCAGAGGCAGCAAGGGGUCCAGGGAGACCCUGGAGUCCCACUGGACCGACCAGACUCGCGGGAGUAACGCGGGGAAGGGGAAGAGACAGAGUGUAGGUUGCUCCAGCGAGACAGACGCGCAGGCGGGCCACGGCGGCUGGUUUCGGAACUGCAGCAAACGGAAGGGUACGCCAACGGAAAAUCCGGAACCGCGGACGCUUUUCCAGCGAGUGCUUCACCCGCUUACGUUGAGAAAAAACCGGAUUGCAGUCGAGCCAGCCGAGGGAGCAGGGGCCCGGCCAGGUGGCGAGGACACGGGAGCAAGCAAAGGCGACCAGGCGUCUUCGCCGGAUAGUCCGAGAAGCGCGAGGACUCGGGUGAAGAGAGAAGACGGAGACGGAUGUUGCGACGGGUGCUUACACGAGUCGGGAGACACUGAUAUGGAGCGCGGACCGCGAUGCUCUUUCCUUGCAUACGAUCGAGGUAGCGACAGCGACCACAGUUCAGGCCCCGCAAAGGACGAGCACGAGACGGAGACAGAAGCGAAACUCGCGGGCGACGAGGCGCUCUCAGAGAGCGACGAGAAGCUCGUCGAAGACGGCCGAAGACCUUCGUUGAUUCGCUGUUGUCACCAGGGAAAGCAGGAACUCGACGCGGAAAGAAACGCUCCUGUGGCCGUCGUUGUGCACACUGGGGUGGAGGGAGACGCAGUGGCGGCAGAGCCGUCGUUCAUGUCUCAGCUCUGCUCGUCGCACUUCGUCUGCAUCGCGCUCUACUGGAGUUGCCAGGCGGUGGCGACGUCGUUUUUCCAGACUGCGGCUUCGCGCCUGUUCACGACACGCGUGGUAGACUUCAUGGACUUUGUGCUCUCUUUCAGCUUCAUUCCCUGCGUGCUUCUCGGAAAGACAAUCGACGUCUUUGGGCCGUUUCCCGUCCUCAUUCUGAUAAACACGGCGGGCGUGCUGGUCUACUUCCUCUCCAUUAUCGGCCAUUCGCUCUUCCCGACCGGCGCCAACUCGAUUCACUACCUCGCGGUCAUUUGCUUCUGCGUCUACGUGGCCAUCGACUCGGAGCAAGUGUUCUGCUACGUCGAAAACACCUUUUCCUCGCGGCACUUUGGCAAGCUCUCGGGCCUGGCUCUGACUGUCGGUGGCGUCAUCUCGCUAGGCUCCAUUCCGCUGUACGAAAACGUGACGAUUCGAAUGCUCAAAGGCGAUCCUUUACCCGUUGCGUGGUGCAUUGCCGUCAUUCUCUCAAUCGUCUACGUCAUGCUCGGCUGCAUGUGGAACGAACGACGAAGAAACCCCCGGGCUUUCCACUCGCUUGAUGACAAACCCGCCUCUCGCAGCGACAGGGAGACAGAGAAACCGACGCAGGCGUCUUCGGUUCGUUGGCUGGAUCGACUCGGGAAGAAAUUGAAAUUGAAAAAAAAAGCCGAAGUCGUACAGCCCGCCGAAGAAAAGGAGCACGGCAAAGACGGAAGCGGAAUGGAGUGAGACGGCGCAGAAAGCGGUCACAGGAAACUGCGCAAGAAAGUCGGGUCCUUUUUGAUGGGGCAGCUCUCCACGGGGUUGCUGGAACACUUUUCCGUAGCAUCCAUGGUAUGAACGGACCGGAGAAGAGGUGAACCCGAAACAAUGAACGAAACGUGAGGCAGUGUCUUGCGAGAACGCGAUGUGAUUCGUCGCAGAUACCCCGGGAAUCGAGAAACAACGGACAGACUGUCGUAGGCUGGUCGUGGGCGGACUCCCCGUGGCGAAUGCGUUCGCGGGGAAGUGCAGCGUGAACAAGAGGGCUUGAUUGGAUGCAUAAAAAAGGAGAAUGGGUGAGGCCAGUAACCGAGACGAAACCGUGCAUGCGGUUCACAAGGAAACUUGCCAACCAUUUAGGCGGAGAGCGGAUUGUGUAGCUACCUGACAGAGCGGUGGAGAGGAUAGUGCGGAGAAACGCCGCAAAGUCAAAAAGAGCGGACAAGGGGGAUGUCACAGAGAGCGCAGCAGACAACGAGAAACGGGACACGAAAAGUGGCAGGGACUGCCGGAGCAAGCUCCUGCGUAAUGUAGACACGGCCGUAGGGCCGAUAACGGUUGUAUUCUGCGGACUUCUGCCUAUCAGCGACCCCGUCUCCGAUGUUCUUUGGCACCGCGGACAACCAGACACAAAACGGGAGAGUUGAUCGCGUCCACACUUUUGUACACCUGCACCAAAAAUGGUUUGUGAACUAUUAUACAGCGUGGGAGACGCAGGGCCUUUACUACUUUUUUUUGCGGCUCAGGGUCACUUUGGCCCGCGCUGGUGCCUGUUCAGGUUUUGUGCCGCGCUGUUUCGGCUACAUGGUGCUUCGUUGCGGACGCAAUAGCGUUCAUGUGAACGCAUUUGUUGAAAAACGCUUUAGUUUGUUUCCUUCAUUUGUGUCUUCUCAAAGUUUUUCACAGUUGGCUGGUGUCUCGUUUCCUUCCGCGACGCGGUAAGAGAGGCGACUGUGUGGGCGCGUGUCUUCGCAUGCCGUGCAUAGUUUCGAAACAGAGACUAAACGAGCACGAAGCGAGUGCA